GUUGAGCGUUGCCGUCAAAUAUGCCGAUGUGGCUGCUGUACCUUUAAAGUUGCAGUUGUCUUACUUUUCCCGUAGGGUUUACAGUUCAGCGUCGCGAUGAAACUUGUCGGUCUGACUUUAUUUUGGCUCUGCAGUUUGGUUUCGGCGGAAGACAGCGAGAGGCUGCCGAAUAAAUGCGAAGUGUGUAAGUUUCUGACAGUUGAGCUGCAGGAAGCUCUGGAGAAAACUGCUCGCUCCAGAGAAGUCCUGGAGGUCGGAGAAGUGCUGGACACCGGCAAGAGAAGAAAAAAGAUCAAAUACAACACAUCGGAAACUCGGCUGACUGAGGCUGUGGACAACAUAUGCAAUCGCAUCCUACAAUAUCAUGUUCAUGCAGAGAGGCCUGGCAGCCUAAGAUAUGCCAAGGGCUCCAGUCAGACCAUGACAACUCUGAAGAAUCUGGUGGGCAAAGGGGUUAAAGUGGACUUGGGCCUGCCGUAUGAGCUGUGGGAUGAACCCUCCGUGGAGGUGACAGACAUGAAAAAACAGUGUGAGAAGAUGCUGGAGCAGUAUGAGGCGGUGGUGGAGGACUGGUACUUCCAUCAUCAGGACCAGAGGCUGGAGAACUUCCUCUGUGAGAACCACGUCCUCAAGACAUCAGAGCAAGAGUGUCUAAAGGAGGUGUGGAAAGGAGACCUGGGGAACAAAGGGGGGGCUGAGGAGGUGACCAGUGCAGAAGAGGAGGGAGCGAAGCAGGAGCAGGAGGACGAUAUAAAGACGCAUGAUGCUGGGGAGCUUUAAAAAAAACAUUUUUUAUCAAAGGGAAAUGCAGAACACAACGCUACACCUCACAGAUGUCGGCAUCAAACUGCAAACCAGUGGACAGAAGCUGAAAUUAUGUGAGAGGGUUUCAAAUAUUCAGUAAAUAUCACAAUGAGAUAUUUUAGCUUUAGGAUGAAUGUGCGCAACACGACACUUUAUACAAUUUAACUAAACGUCUCCCAUUAUUUUUCUAUGUGUGGCCUUUAUAAACUGUUACAGCACUCCAUGCAAAGUUCAAAGCUAUCCAUCCAUCCUCUUAUCCUGUUCAGGGUCAUGGGUGGGGGCUGGAGCCUAUCCCAGCUGUCAUAGGGCAAGAGGCAGGGUACACCCUGUGCAGGCCACCAGCCUGUCGCAGGGCCAACACAGAAAGACAAACAGCCAUUCACACCUACGGGCAAUUUAGAAUCACUAAAUAACCUAACUCCAGCAACUGCAUGUCUUUGGACUGUGGGAGGAAACCCAUACAAACACGGAGAGAAAGACCCCGGCCAAGGUGGAAUCAAACCUAGGACCUUCUUGUUGUGAGGCAGCAGUGCUAACCACCACACCACCGUGCUUAAAGCCUUUAUCUUUAAUAUCUGAAAUCUUUCCAGUGUUAGAUGCGACCUCUCCUUGUGCCACAGUUAUGGUACAUAUCAGUAUUUUUAACCCCUAACUGCAUACUUGAAGUGUAGUCUGUACAGUGUUUUUCAUGUUUAAUAAAAUACUUUUUUACAA